AUGGUAAAUGUUGACAUCGAUCCACCAACUUAUCAACAAGCAACAAAAGAAGUUCAACAAAUAAUUGAAACGGAAAACAUUUACCCAGAGCUCAAUGAAAAGGGAAAACAAGAGUCACCAAAAAACUUCUCGAAACUCGAGCGUAAACAUCUCUGCUUGGCCGGAAAACGCGAGCGCAUUGAGGCGAAGCUGGCAUGGAAAAAGCACAAACUCGAGCACAAAUUAAACAAGAUCCAUGAAAUGAAAACUAUUGAACCCUCAAAGAAAAGCAUUCAAAUCGUUGAGGAUGGGAAAGUGAUUCAAGAAUUUGGUGGCGUUGAUUCCGGUGAAAACUCGGAGAAGCCGCCAAUUCUGCUCUCUGCU